AUGCGUUUCUCAACAAGCCUCCUAGCCGGCGCUGGCUUGUUGUCAGCUGCCUAUGCCAUUCCCGUCGCUUCAUCAGGCUGGGGUGAAUGGGAGGGACAAGGCAAUGGCGCAGGUGGUGGCUACGGUCCAGGAAGCUCUCAACCCAGCAGCACCCCUGCUCCGCCACCCGCCGGUCCCCCUGCACCCCUCAAGUCAGGAAACCCUUUCAGCUUCCCUCUAUCCAAUGGAUUCCCCAACCUGAGCCCCGGAGCACUUAACGCCACCGCGAUCCAAGCCCAUGGCACCGAACCCAAUGGCGGCGCCCCGACCGGUCUCGCCGCCGACGACCUGACGAGUGUCAGGUUCAUCGCGUUCAACGAGCUCUUCGAAGUCGCCUUCUUCACCGACCUCUUGUUCAACAUCACGAACAACGUGGCCGGCUUCACCAUCGACGACCACAACACCCGCCAGCUCGUCAUCAACGCCAUCACGGCCAUUCAAGCACAAGAGGAACUACACGCCGACAACGCCAACAAGAUCCUCGUUGCCAACGGCCAGGCCCCUAUCCAGGCGUGCCAGUACAAGUUCCCGUCGGCCUCGCUCGACGACGCCAUCGCCUUCGCCAAGACCUUCACCGACGUCACCCUGGGUACGCUCCAGGACGUGCAGCUGCACCUGGCCAACAACAACGACGACGGCGUGGUCCCCGUCAUCGGCUCCGUCAUCGGCCAGGAGGGCGAACAGAACGGCUUCUUCCGCCUCUUCGGCGGCCUCAUCCCGAGCGAGCUGCCCUUCCUGACCCGCUCGACCCGCGAAUUCGCCUUCAGCGUCCUCAACCAGGCCGUCGUCGUCCCCGGCACGUGCCCGAACGAGAACCUGAUCGACCUUCCCAUCUUCCUGCCCCUGACCGUCAACACCAGCCCCAUCCAGCCCAAAGACCAGACUCUCUCGUUCAGCGUCCCCGUCGACAAGUCCAGCCCGCCUUCGGGCCUGAGCCUCGUGUACAUCAACAGCCAGAACGUGCCGAUCGUCGAGAAGAUCCAGAACGCACAGGUCGCCGACGGCGUGGCCACCUUCGACGCCUUCUUCCCCUACUCGGAGAACCUGCUCAACGGAUUGACCAUUGCCGCGCUGACGAGCAGCGCCGGCCCCUUCACCAGUGCCGAGGACGUCGCCAAGGUCACCAUUGCCGGUCCCGGGCUUAUUGAGAUCCUAUAA